ACAGAGCAGAAGCUUCGUCACCCCGAAACGGGAAUGCCAGCGGCUACGUUGUGCCAACAUUUCCUGCUCCUCGGGAGAGCAGGGAGCGAACACUUCCGUGAAGCCAGCGGGGCUGGACCCGGCAACAUGCCGGGGGACAGACGGACGGACGCCAGCACCCGGCCCGGGACCGGCGUGUCGCGCAGGGACGGACAAGCAGGGGGGGCAGAGGCGUGGCCCAGGGCCGAGAGGGACAGGCCCCUUCCCGGGAGGUGGUACCGAGGCCCGGCCCGGCCCUCCCGGUGGCUGCGGGCCGCGGGGGGGCGGUGUCGGCGCGGUCGGGUCUGACUCGUUCCGCGUUGCAUUGCUCGGCACCGCCUGUCCCCGCCCCGCCGGCAGCGCUGCCCGCAUGCAGCCCGCCCCGGGCCGCCGCCAUGGCGGAGGAGCGGGUCUGCUGCGUGGUCAGCGUUUCCAGCCAGACCGACGGCUCCUGGAGCUGCAGCGGUGUGGUCCUGAGCCGCGGCCCUGCGCUGGUGUUGUGCCAAGGCGCUGUCUUCACCCCGUUUCUGCGGGACGGCCCCACCGCCUGGUCACAGCCCCGCGCCCUGCUGCCUGCCGCCCUCCGGCCCUGCCCGCGCAUCCUCGUCCUGCAGCCCCCGGCUGGAACCCGCGUCCCGGCCCUCGGCCUGGACGCCCCGUCCGGCGGCCUGCAGCAGCAUGAGGCCGGGCUCCUGGCCCUGGUGCCCUGUGCUGCCUUCCAGCAGGCGCUGGGCAGAGCCUUCGGGCCGGCCGAGCAGUGGCGCUUCGGCGGGGAGGCGGCGGGGGACGACCCGCGGGCCCUGCACUGGUUUGCCUGGCUGCGGGUGCCCGGCCUCGACACCCCCGGGGAGGGCUGGACCGCCCGGGCGAGCGCCAGCUGCCUGCGCAAGGGCGAGGGGCUGCUGGCCUGCGGGUCCCCGUUCGGCGACCUCUGCCCCGACCUGUUCCUCAACACCCUGAGCAGAGGGGUCGUGAGCAACCUGGCCGGUGAGGAGAACGCCCUCAUCCUGACGGACGCACGGUGCCUGCCCGGCACUGAGGGCGGCGGAGCCUUCCUGCCCUCGCCCGAUGGGUCUCGCUUGGUGGCCGUCAUCACCGCCUCCUUCUGCUGGAAGGGUGCAGAGUGGGUCGGGCUCACGCUGCUUUGCUCCCUCGCCGCCAUCCUAAGCAGCAGCGCCAGCAUCCUGGGAGAAGCCGGGGUGGUGGUGCCGCCGGUGCCGGGGCGGGUGGCGGCGGUGCCGGCAGGCAGCGGGCAGGACCCGCUGGGCUGGGUGGCGCUGGUGGAGUGUGGGGCUUCGUGGGGCUCGGGGGUGCUGCUGGCACCGCGGCUGCUCCUCACCUGCCGGCACGUGGUGGAGGCGGGGGUCCUGCUCCGGGUGAUGCCGGCACCGGGUCCUGGCCGGCCUGCCACCACUCUCAAUGGACGUGUGAUAUUCACCACUGAGGAAUCGUCCCCCUUCGACGUGGCGGUGGUGGAGCUGGAGGAGAGCGUGCCCAGCUUCAUCCCUCCAUGCCCAGCAGACAGCUUCCUCCCAGGGGAGGAGGUGAGCGUGGUGGGGUUCGGGGCGCUGGGGCGGGCGUGCGGCCCCUCAGUGACAGUGGGAGUCCUGUCGGCCGUGGUGGCGGUGGCUGGGCGCCCUGUCAUGCUGCAGACCACCUGCGCUGUCCAUGGAGGCUCCAGUGGUGGCCCCCUCAUCUCCUCCCGUAGUGGACGCCUCCUGGGGAUUGUGGCCAGCAAUACCAGGGACACUGGUGUGGGAUCCACUUACCCCCACCUCAACUUCUGUAUCCCCAUCACCAUCCUGCAGCCCCCCAUCGCGCACUACCAACACACCGGAGACCCUGCUGCCUUUGCUGGGCUCAACGGGGCGAGUGAGGGGGUGCAGGCGGCCUGGCGGCUCCAGCGGCAGCCGGGGCUGCCCAGCAAGCUCUAACCCCCCUGCGGGGGGGCUGUGACAGGGACAGCGCUGCCGAUGCUGUCAGGACUGUCUGGACCCCAGCAGAGGGUGGGAUCCUGGGGUGGGGGACAAAGCCUUUGCCAGCUGCUGGUGUCCCCAGACUGGGGAGCCUGGAGGUUGUUUUGUUUUGUUUUCUCUCUGGAGCCAUAAAUACUGCGAGUUGA